GCGAGUGCGUCUCUGUAGCAUCAGGCUCACGAAGGUAUCACCUUUUCUAAAUGUUAUUUUCACAAGGCUAGACGUGCACAUUUCUUUCUCUAACGGAUAACGGGUAGCUGGUACAGGGUUGGCGUUUAUACUCGUACUGUAACGCGCUCUGGCUCAGUCGGGAAAUGAAAAUGUAACGUUGAGUAGGUUAGCGUUAGCUGUUAGCUGUGUUAGCCUCUCCGCCCGGCUGAAUGUGAGCACAAAGGCCGCGCGCACACCUUCACUUUUUUCAUCAACAGUAGAAAUCAGAGACUUGAUUCUGCUUUUUUUAACAAUGUAUCCCUCCUGGGGAAGUUAUGGGGCACCCCAGUCGCAAAACUAUGGAGGGAGUGGGCCCCGUAAACCACCUGGUGGUGGCCUUACCGGGACGACACCGGUGUUCGGUGGCUUCGAGGCCUCCUCCUCCUCCUCCUCCUCUUCCUCCGGUGGCUCCAUGUUCUCCAGUCUCCAGGAGCAACACCUCCAGCAGAUGCAGCAGCUGCAGAUGCUGCACCAGAAACAGCUCCAGUCUGUGUUACAUCACGGCAGCAAUGAUAACACGUACGGUGGCGGACACUCAGGUGGAUAUUCGGGGUCAUCGUGGCACUCAGAAGGAGGAGGGGGUACACCUCAGUCGUAUUAUAUGCAAGAGGAGACACCUGCACCACCGAACAGAGGUCCUCCUGCUCCUCUGGCGGGUCAGCCUCAGCUCCUCCCCGUCCCACCGCCACCCAAGCCCAACGACUCUCAGCCGGUUCCUCCUCCUCCAGAGCCCCCUGCAACCAAACCAGCGGAGAACAACAGUGCUCCCAAACCCAAAGAGGCCGUCAAGAAAGAGUCGUCCACGGCAGAGGAGGACAGCUCCUUACCUCUGCAGGAGCAACAGCAACUUUGGUACAAACAACAUCUUAAAAAUCUACAGAAGUUAAAGCAAGAGAGAGCCAAACAGAAUCAGAAGAGUGGUGAUGGUCCUGUGCCGCCACCAGCCAAGGGCCAAGGAACUCAUCCUCCUUCAUCAGAACAGUCAAAAGGGGCACCUCCUCCACCCCCUCCAAAAGACGAACCGCCAGUACCACCUCCUCCUCCUGAAGAUGCAAAGCCUGAGGUCCCAAAAGACCCAGAGGAGGCUGCCCGACUCCAACAGCUACAGGCUGCAGCAGCGCAGUGGCAAAAGGUACAACAGCAGAGAGCAGGCUUACAAUACCAAGCUCUUAUGCAACAGCACGAAAAGCUUCAGCAGGUCCUGGAACAGUACCAACAGCUGAUUCAGCAACCUGCAAACCUACAGGCAAUGUCUACUGACAUGCAACUGAGGCACUAUGAAAUGCAACAGCAGCAGUUCACCCCUUUAUUUGCGGACUGGAAUCGCACCUUCGCCCUGUGGCAUGAGCAGUUCCAGACCUAUCCCCACAAAGACCAACUGCAGGACUAUGAGCGCCAGUGGAAGCAGUGGCAGGAGCAGAUGAAUGCCACCAAUGCCCACCUUCAAGAGAGAGUGGCCACUCUCACUGCCAUGGCACCAUUCCCCACAAACCAGUAUAGUAGUGGAAUGAUGGGACAGUAUGGCCAGUACCCAGGACAAGACAUGCAGCAGCAGUCAGCAAACCCGGGUAUGCAGAAUUCCCCAAUUGCUGUUGGUCCCAAUUCUCAAGGUCCACGGCCCACUGGCUUUGGGCCAGCUUCAGAACCAACUGCUGCUCCCCUUUUGAGAGGACCCGGCCCUGCUGGCAUUGGAGUCAGACCCCCAGGUCCCCCAACCAUUCAGCCACCAAGCAUCAACAAUGUCAGAGGUCCACGUCCUGCUGGUCCCAGCGGAAACAACGCUAGAUUUGACCAGCCACAGCAGCGCUUUGAUGGACCCUCAAGGUUUAACCAACCACAGCAGCGUUUUGAUGGCCCCUCUCGAUUUGACCAGCCAAGGCAACGGUUUGAUGGUCCUCCCAGAUUUGACCAACCACGGCAGCGCUUUGAUGGUCCCCCCAGAUUUGAUCAACCUCGAUUUGGGGGGCAGCCCAGGUUUGAACAGACCCCAAGAGUCACUGCCCCCCAACCUCUUCUUGAACGCCCACCUGUGCCCCAGCAAAAACAACAGCAAGCUCCCCAACCUAAGCCACAACCAGCUCCUAAACAACCAGCCAGUAUGGAUUCAAAGACUCCUGGAAAGUUAGCCGGGCAGCCACAGUCUGUAAAUGAAAAAAGUGAAUCAGAACCACGCAAUAAGGCCAAUGCUGAUGACAUGACAGAUGACAACUUGCUUGGAGCUGAGGGCUUUUUUGUCCCAGAUGACCCCAUUCCUCAGACAUCACAAACAAGCACAAAGUCUGAAGAAUCAGAUAGCAAGAAUGCUUCUAAAGGUAGUGAAAAGCCAAAACCUGCAAAUGGCAAGCCUUCCGUAACUGCUUCCUCUACUGUGGUAUCAAAAAAUAGUGCUCCACAAACUCCCAUCAAACCAGAUGGACCAUUGACAAACAACAAACCCCCAGUUCUUCCAAAGCCGACUGGAAUCCAACAGGAACCACAAGAGUCAGACCGUUUACAGUCAAGACUAGAUCCUCCAAGGCUUCCCCCAGGGAGGGGGCGAGGCCAGCCCCCAGUACCUGUCCAAAUGCUUGGACGAGGGCGUGGGCAGAGGGGCUGUGAAGAUUUCAGGGGACCAAAAACCAUGCCCCAUGGGGAGGAUAUGGGAGAAAUGUCUUACGACUACAUGCCGUCUGAAGAGAACAUGGAGAUGCCAGAAGAGCAGGAAGAGUAUCACUGGCAAGAUCCUUCAUACGAGGAGUGUGGUGGUGAGGAAUCGGAGUUGCCAUCCGAAGACAUAUGGAUGCCAGACGGACAUCACUAUUCAGCAGAGGAAGAGUAUUAUGAAGAGCCUAUGGGAGGACCCCCUAUGAGAGGAGGGCCACAUAUGAUGAGAGGAGGGCACUUUAUGGGAAGAGGAGGACCACCUAUGGGUAGAGGUGGUCCUCCUAUGGGAAGAGGUUUACCUAUGGGUAGAGGCGGACCCCCUAUGGGGAGAGGAGGGCCACCUAUGGUUAGAGGCGGACCACCUAUGGGUAGAGGGGGUCCACCUAUGGGUAGAGGAGGACCUCCCAUGGGUAGAGGGGGACCUCCCAUGGGAAGAGGGGGACCUCCCAUGGGAAGAGGGGGACCCCCUAUGGGUAGGGGAGGACCCCCAAUGGGAAGAGGAGGCCCCCCUAUGGGUAGAGGAGGGCCACCUAUGGGUAGAGGUGGACAUCCCAUGGGUAGAGGAGAGCCAAUGGACAGACACUGGGAAGAAGAGUCAGAGGAGUACUCAGAAGAAGGGGAUCCUUACUGGGCAGAAAGGAGACCUCCAAUGAGAGGCAUGAGACCCCCAUUUCCACCUGGUCGGGGUCGUCCUCCUCCUGGUCAUCCUGGUUUCAUGCACCCAGGACGAGGACGCCCCCCUCACCCAGCACAUGGGCCGAUGGAUCACGAGUCAUUAGGUCAUGGAAUGGACAUGGAUGAUAGCGAAAUGGAUCCAGAAGGGUACCAUGGACAUGACCCUCAUGGCCAUCCGAUGCAUCCUGAUGCAGGAAGAGGCAGGCGUCGUGUACCCCCACCGUCUCACGAAAUGAUGGAUGCCAUGGAGGAGUACGAUGAGGGUAUGGAGAGAGAAUCAGAGUGGCAACCGCCACAUGGCAGAGGCCGUCCUUUGCCUCCACAUGAGAUGAUGGAUGCGGGAGGAAUGAGGCGGAGACCUAUGGGUCGAGGGAUGGCAAGAGGCAUGUGGCGGCCAGGUCCAACACAUGAGGAAUAUGAAGAAAGACAUAAUGAGGGUUUUGUAGAGGAUUAUGGUCAUGGCGAAGAAGGGUAUCGCUGGCGGCCACCAAGGGACUAUCCUCCUGAUGACUAUCGACAUGAGGCAAAGUACUAUGAGUCAGAAUGGGACAGUGAGCGUCCUCCUCCUGAGAGGGACUAUCCUCCCCGUAUGCCGCCACCUGAGCCCUACAGAGAUGGCCAUUGGCCAGAGGAAAGAGAAAGAGGUCGCCCAUAUCCUUAUGAUGAGCAUGACAGGGGAAGAGGAGAACUUAGAAUUCGUGAGUAUAGAGAUGAGACACCGUACCGGCAGGAAGAACCACCAUACCCACCACCAGCACCAACGUCAGAAUGGGAUAGGCCAGAGAGAGGGUAUCCUGCUGACUAUGAGGAUCACAGAGCUCGAUAUGAAGAGCGCAAAGAUGAGCCUCCUUUGGAUAUACGUUCAUCUCUACCAACUGCUGCACCUGUCACGAGUGCACCAGGGAGCACAGUUGAUCCGACAUUGCAAGGAACAAGUGGAGCAAAUGUACUUGCUCUCUCCCAGCGUCAGCACGAGAUCAUCUUGAAAGCUGCUCAAGAGCUUAAACUUAUAAGGGAAAUGCAGGAGGGGAAGACAGCUGGCACUGAACCUCAGCCUGCACCACCUGACAUCCUGUCUGAGCUUCCUGCUGGGCUUCUUGGUCUGGAGAUCCCACAAGACAUCAGGAAUGUCCUGAAGGGCAUGUCUGCAGCGGCAAAGACAGCUGUAACCGAUCCAGUGUCUUGGGAUACUGCGCCUCCUGCCACAGAUUACCAGUCAUCUCUCUCUGCAUCAACAACUUCAUUUAUUCCAAAGACAGUGGAUUAUGGGCAUGGGCAUGAGCCUGGAACCACCGUUGAGCGGAUCUCUUAUGGUGAGAGAAUAGUGUUGAGACCUGACCCAGUGCCAUCAGACAGGGGCUAUGAAAAAGAACCUCUUGGUCACAGAGAUCCUUAUAGCCGAGACCCAUAUUACGAUAGACGAUCAGACCCAUACAUGGAACGACGGGAUUACAGCAGAGAGAGGGAACUGUACAGAGAAAAGCCUGAAUAUGAAAGAGAGAGAUAUGAGAGGGAGCGCUAUCCCCCACGAGAGAGAGAUGACAGAUCUCCACUGGCACCUCAUUCACGGUCAGGAUACAGGGAGAGAGAGCGGGAUCUUCGAGAGAGGGACCGAAGUGACAGUCGGGACCGAGACGAUUAUGGAAGGCCUGGCUACGAGCGACAUCCAUACGAGCGCACCUCCCUUGACCGCAGUCUGCCUGAGCGUUACGGCCACGGCUCCUCACCUUACGUAGACAGAAGAAGUUAUCCAGACGACCGAGGGCCUCCCACUGCACCACCCCUCCCACCUCCACCACAGCCUCCCCCACGAGUCGAGAAGAAGCCAGAAAUAAAAAAUAUUGACGAUAUCCUCAAACCACCUGGCAGAUCAUCUCGACCUGAAAGGAUUGUCAUCAUCAUGAGGGGGCUUCCAGGAAGUGGAAAAAGCCAUGUUGCAAAGCUCAUACGGGAUAAGGAAGUUGAUUGUGGCGGCGCACCUCCAAGAGUUCUUGUUUUGGAUGACUAUUUCAUGACGGAGGUUGAGAAAACUGAGAAAGAUCCGGACACGGGGAGAAGAGUCAAAACCAAGGUUCUUGAGUACGAGUAUGAGCCAGAGAUGGAGGAUACCUACCGUAACAGCAUGCUGAAAACAUUCAAGAAAACUCUGGAUGACGGCUUUUUCCCCUUUAUCAUUUUGGACACUAUAAACGACAGGGUUAAACAUUUUGAUCAGUUCUGGAGCGCAGCGAAAACAAAAGGUUUUGAGGUGUAUCUUGCUGAGAUCACUGCAGACACUCAGACUUGUGCGAAGAGAAACGUCCAUGGGCGCACACUAAAGGAUAUAAUGAGGAUGUCCAACAACUGGGAGCCUUCGCCACGUCACAUGGUGCGCUUGGAUGUCCGCUCCCUGCUUCAGGAUGCUGCUAUAGAGGAGGUUGAAAUGGAAGACUUCAAUCCCGAUGACGAGCCCCAGGAGCCAAAGAGAGAGGAGGAAGAAGAGGGUGAUCUGGGCUACAUCCCAAAAAGCAAAUGGGAGAUGGACACAUCCGAGGCAAAACUUGACAAGUUGGACGGUCUGGGGAGCGGCGGAAAGAGGAAACGUGAGGACAUGGGAGACCUGGAGGACUACCUUCAGUUACCAGACGACUAUGCCACACGCAUGUCGGAACCAGGAAAGAAAAGGGUUCGAUGGGCUGAUCUCGAAGAGCAGAAGGAAGCAGAUCGAAAACGCGCUAUUGGCUUUGUGGUGGGUCAAACGGACUGGGAGAGAAUAACAGACGAGAGCGGACAGCUGGCACAAAGAGCUCUUAACCGUACCAAGUAUUUUUAAGAAGAUAUCUCCUUUUUUUCCUUCAUGUAAAGGUUUCCAGACUGUGAAAACACUGAAGCUUACUUGUGGUGAAAUAAGAGGCUCAUCGACCGAUAGUUAUAAAAUUCUUUGUUAUUUCAUUGAUAAGGAUGCAGUAUAUGUUUUGUUUCUUAUUAUUUUUAAACAGGCCCUAUGGUUAUUCACUGACCAGUUUGUAGUUUAUAAAUUUGUGCUUUUUCUGGUCAUGCAUUCUGUUUUCAGUCAUGUCUCCCGCUGUUUUCUACUCUUUAUGCUUCUGUACUGUUUACCUGUAGCACUGUUUCUGUGCCCAUGCAUUAAACACAAUAAAAUAUUUCACAAAA